CAUCAUCAUUUCUGAACGUACUAUAUGUUUAAGCAUUAGUUUGCCGUGUUGUUAUCAUUAGUUAAAUGAUAGUUGUAUUAUAACGUACUGCAGGUCAGUUUAGUUUAGUGCAGCGCACGUCAGGGCAGUUUUAAACAAUGAAGCAAAAAUACGAAAGCAUCGCUGGAGGUCACGUGAUUAAGGGAGAGAACAGUUUCGUGCCCUCAAACGAACGCGACUCUUCACCGCCGUCUAGCGGGCGAGAAAAUACUCAUUAUUUUCCCGACUCAUCCAAGUUUUGCAACAAGUGCAGCCAAAAACUAUUUAAAACACCUCUGUCGGGUCAUUUCCAUCUUUGUAGAGUUGAAGGCAAUAAAUCUUCACGAAAGGCCAGCUUACGAACUCGUAGAAGCACUUCGUCGUUUGAAAGCACAAACGGAAGCGUGUCGCCCCUGCCCGAGGUAUUUAGCGACGACCAUGACGUCAACGGGGAUUCCCCUAAAAGGAUAAAGCGCACGUCAUCAAACGGGAAAGAUAAGAGCACCAUGGGUUGCACCACCAGCACACACGACCCGACCACAAGUUCCAGCAACGACGAGGAUUACGACAUAGUGGCCGAUGACGUCGGCAUGACGUCAGUGAGCAAGGCUGACUUACUCGACGCCCAACGACUAAACUCUACUGACGUCACACGAGGGCUGGAGAAUCGAUGGAUUCGAAGCCACUUCCACGAGCAGGAUAAUAAGGGUUCUGACGUCACAAGGGCUAAUAGACGGAAGAGUAAAGUCAACUUGAGUGACGUCAUCGAGUCACGUGAGAAUGCCGUCCAAUCAGGAGAGAGCAAACCAGACAAUGGAUCAGGGGCCCACCUAUCCAUCCUGCAUUUCAACGACGUUUACGAAAUCACUGAGCGAAAGAAGGAGCCGGUAGGUGGCGCUGCACGCUUUGCGAGUUUAAUGAAGCGUAACAUCUAUGACAUCACAAAGCAAACUGGUGAGCGCCCUCUGGUGGUGUUCAGCGGUGAUUGUCUCAACCCGUCCACGCUCAGUUGCGCCACCCAGGGACGUCACAUGAUUGAAGUUUUGGACACUUUGGAGGUUGAUGUUGCUGUGUUCGGAAACCACGAGUUUGAUUUCGGCGUCGAGCACGCUGCUAAGUGCAUAGAGCGGAUGACGUCAACAUGGUUGCUAGGCAACGUCAUAGAUAAGCUGACUCAGCAGAAUCUUGGUGGGGGGAUGACUAAGCAUAUUAUUAAGCGGAACAAUGGAUUGAAAAUAGGAUUGUUGGGACUCGUAGAAGAGGAAUGGUUGGACACGUUAGCUACAGUUAAUCGAGAAGAUUUAGAGUUUCAAGAUUAUGUGGAGAGGGGGAGGGAGGUGGCCGCGGAGUUGAGGGCCGAUGGUGCUGAUCUAGUGAUAGCUUUAACACACAUGAGGUGGCCGAAUGACAUAAGGUUGGCAAGGAUGGUACCUGAUAUUGACAUUAUACUGGGCGGGCAUGACCAUGAGUAUGGAGUCAAGGAAAUAGAUGAAUGUCUCAUCAUCAAAAGUGGAUCCGACUUUCGUAAUUUAUCCUCGGUCGAUUUAUUCAUCCGCAACGAUGGUUGUGUUGACGUUAAAAUAUCCCGUUAUGACGUCACAAGAGAGGUGGAGGAAGACCCUUACAUGUUGAAGAUCGUGGAACGUUACACCUCAGUUUUGGAGAAGAGUCUUGAUCAUUGUAUUGGGGUGGUUAAUACGAGUUUAGAUGGUCGGUUCAAGAUGGUUCGAAGCCGGGAAACAAACUUAGGGAACUUCGUUGCCGACAUAAUGGCGUCUGUGACACGCGCCGAUGUCGUUCUAAUUAACUCGGGCACGUUCCGGUCGGAUGGCGUGCAUUCGUGCGGAAACUUUCGUCUCCACGACCUCAUGACAAUCCUGCCAAUCAACGACUGUGUUGUGACGAUUGUAGUAACGGGGAAACAACUGUUAGAGGCGCUAGAGAACGGUGUGAGUCUCGUGCCCAAGUAUGAGGGGAGAUUCCCUCAGGUAUCAGGGGUGACGUUUGGUUUCAACCCCGGGGCUCCCCCUGGCUCCCGUAUAGUGCGCGACACCCUCAUGGUACAGGGAAAUCCCCUUGACCCCACCCGCGAAUACACAAUGGCAACGAAGGCUUACGUUGCGCGGGGUAAAGAUGGCUACACUUGCCUCAGUAAAUGUCGUAUUCUCACCGACCCUGACUCCGGUCCUUUAUUAUCAACUGUGGUACGCAACCAUGUUAUGAACGCUUAUAAGCUGAUCGAGUAUGAGAGGAACCAUGCAUGUAAGAUCUCGGUUUCCACGGACGGGAAGCGAGUGACGUCAGAUGGGGUGACCUUUGACCCCAGUGAAGCGUUCAAAGAUAUGUCGGAGGUGGAGGAACCCAUCAGCGCCAUCCAGCGGUCGAUGAAACCGGUGAUGCAUGACAAUACCGACGUUAGUGACGUCACAAAGCGUUGUUCGCUUCACGUGCCGACGUUUAUCUCCGUGGAAGGCAACGCUAUACCUGAUAAUGGGGGUGUGACGUCAAAAAGGGUGGCUGUUCUACGACGCCGAGCGCUCGACGGUGAGCAUGAGAACAACGCCCUGCUAAAGGAGAGGACAGACGACCCUACGCAGGUCAAGUGGCAAGUGUUGCCAUUGCUUGAAGCCAGGAUAUUCCACUGUGAGGCUGCAGUGUUGACCGAAUAAAUAUCUACAGUGUUCCCUUUAUAUAUUUAUGCAAUUUUUACGACAUCAGAUUUAUUUUGCGCAGUACUGACACCGUGUAAAUGUUGAAGUUGUGACAUCAUAAUUACUAUUGUUUAAAAACAAAAAAAAAUGUGACGUUUUAUUUGGAAAUUUUAGUUUAAUAAAGACACAUGAUGCACUUUA